GGAAUAUAAGCGACACCAGGAGGGGGUGGAGACAAUCACAGGAACAGGUGAAACAGAUCAAGGCUUGACAGAAAUCCAAAUCCAUUUAAAUUACAGGUUGUAAUGCAUCAAAAUAGGAAAAACACCAAGGGGGAUGAAUACUUUUGCAGGGCACAUUACAGUAUAUUUACAAAAAUAUAUAUGGGGGACUGUAAAUGAUGCAGACAAUUACAUUGAUGGAAGCCAUAAUCUAUCUACAAUGUUAAAGCUGAUCUACCCCUUAAAAUAAGUUUUACAAGUGAGCUACAGCUUAAACUGAGGGGGCGGGAAGUUGUGAGAAUCGUAUUUAGGGCAGGGAACUGCCAUCACCUACUUAGUUUGUUUUGAGUAACUCAACCUUGACAGAGAUCAGAGAACGAUGCCAGACUUCAUCACUUACACUAAAACAAUGAACAUUUUAUGGUUUCUCCUCAUCCUCACAGGGACCUGGGCUGAAGUUCCGCCAAUAGACAAGUAUGGGUUGAAGGGAGGUUUGGUGUGUCUGGCCGUUGCUGAAUCCCCUGUGGAGCAUGAAGAACUUAAAUGGAAAUUCAAAAGUGAUGUAAUAGUUGAUAAUAAAGAGAUCUCUCCUCAAUACAAGGAGAAGGUGCAAUAUAACCCGGUGAACCACUCUCUGUGCAUUAACAAUCUGAAGGAAACGGACAGUGGAAUUUACUAUCCGACUGUUGGAAAAUGGAAUUUAGAAACUAUUAUUGAGUACAAAGUAACAAUACAGGAAGCUGUUUCCAUACCAGUCAUGAAGGUGGUGUCUCUCUACUCCAACUCAAGUAGGGGACAAUGUAACAUCACAGUGAACUGUUCUGUUAAAGACGUCUGGGCAUUGUCUGUCUGUAACGGGCGUCAGUGCACACUGUCACAACAGUCACUCACCGCAGUCAAUAUCACCAUCUCCAAUGACAACAGCACUAUCCAGUGCACAGGCAAAAAUCACGUCAGUGCAGAGACCAACUCACAACCCAUGAACGACAUAUGCAAGUCCAAUUUACCUUCUGUGCCUCUAUCAUUGUUAAAAAAAGAUCAAAGUUUUAAUAUCAUUUCUGUUAACAUAAUUAUGUUUUUUUCCAGCAAAAAUGUGAAUAACAAUGUGUGUGUGCGUGCGUGUGACAUCUCAGGCAUUGAGAAGGGUGGGAAAGCUUCAGAAUACCAAGUUGGCAUCAUUGUGGGCAGUGUUACUGCUGGAUUGCUACUCAUUAUUGUGUUUGUCGGAAUACGACGCAUCAAAUCAACCAGAAGAAGGGCCCAUAAAAACAAGCUGCCACUGCAGGUCAACCCAGUGAGCGCUCCACAAGGGGAGAGACCGGGACCACGAAACACAGGGGCUUCUGACGUAACAACUAUCUACGUCACUGUAGGGGAACCAGGAGCUGCAGGAGUGGAGCUCCCGUCACCAGAAGAGAUGCCAGAGUCACAGUCGGCGGCGAUCUACAGCACUGUGCAGCAACCAGCUGCAGAAGAGUCUCACCAAGUGGACAAAGUGGGCGCUACAAAAGAAGACAGACCAGGGCCGCAGAGCCCUACAUCGAUCUACAGCACUGUACAGAAACCAGCAGCAGCACAGUGUUGCCCAGUGGACAAAUACGGGAAUAAUCUCAACAAACCAGACAGAGCUGCUCAAUAGGAGAUAAACUACCCCUCCGUCCCUCUCACAGUUACCCUGCUAUUACAUUGACUAAGACUUGACCCCUAGACUCAGACAGCGAAAAGCAAAACACGGGAAAUUGUGAACGAGGAAGAAUGAGGGGAAAUUGUGAACGAGGAAGAAUGAGGGGAAAUUGAAUAUAAAAAAAAACAUUUACUUAUUUUGCUUAAUUAAUCAUUCCAUCUAUUAGCACUGUACAUGCUUUAUUAAAAAUACAUGUAUACAAAACAGCUGAAUAAAAAAAAAUGGGAAUCCCGUGUUUGAUCCAAUCAACAAACUGAACAAACUGAAAAGAAGGUUGAGAUGACAGGCUCAACCAAACAAUAGCAAUAAAAAGACACGUACAACCAAUCAACUGUAUAUCAUAUUUUUUGGGUUACCAUUUUUGUAAUAAGUACCAUAUCUGAUUGGCUAAAAUUCACUAAAUGUAAAUCGCUGGUAAAUGACUGAAUUGUCCAAUGUAGAUCGAUGAGAAAGCGCAUUUACAAAUAUCAAUAGAAAAGUUUCAGAAUCAAUUUCUGUAGGAUCUGUUACAUCUAGCUGGCUAUGUGGUAGAACUACACUGGUACUAUACAGGUAUGACAGAUUCAAUGAAACUAAUGUUCUAUGACUGAGUGGAAUUUCUUUGAAUUGCACUUAAUUCAAUUCUACUCCCCUGCCACUCAAACUCAAAUUAUACAUCAUGUGGGGUGUGGCCAAUUCAAUUAGAAUUUCAACUCAUGAGUUGAAUGGGAGUCAAUUCCAAAGGUCAGAAUUGAGCCCAACCCUGGUGAGAAUGUGUUUAUUGUGUAUUUGAAUAAAUGCUUUUGAGUGUACUAUGUA